AUGACCACGGCGGCGGCGGCGGUGAUGCGUUUUUCGUCCCCGUUCAGUGGACAAACCCUCCUUCCUCCCCGCCACCGCGUCGUCUCGUCGAGGCGGGCCGCGCUCGCCGUCUCCGCGACCGCCGGCGGGUCGCCUGCCACCGUGCUCGUCACCGGCGCUGGAGGACGAACAGGCCAGAUCGUGUACAAGAAGCUGAAGGAGAGAUCCGGCCAGUUCACGGCCAGAGGGCUGGUCAGGACGCCGGACAGCAAGGGCAAGAUCGGCGGCGGGGACGACGUGCUCGUCGGCGACAUAAGGGACCCCGGGACCAUCGCCGCCGCGGUCGAGGGCGUCGACGCGCUCGUCAUCCUCACCAGCGCCGUCCCGAGGAUGAAGCCCGGGUUCGACCCUAGCAAGGGCGGACGGCCUGAGUUUUACUUUGACGAAGGGUCUGACCCUGAACAGGUGGAUUGGAUUGGCCAAAAGAAUCAGAUCGAUGCAGCCAAGAGCGUUGGUGUGAAGCAGAUAGUUUUGGUUGGAUCCAUGGGCGGGACAGAUCUGAACCAUCCAUUGAACAAGCUGGGAAAUGGGAAUAUACUGGUGUGGAAACGAAAGGCGGAACAGUACCUAGCGGACUCUGGUAUACCAUAUACAAUCAUAAGGGCUGGAGGACUACAAGACAAAGAUGGUGGUGUGCGAGAGUUGAUCAUUGGAAAGGAUGACGAGAUCUUGAAGACAGAGACAAAAACUAUUGCCAGGGCAGAUGUUGCAGAAGUUUGCAUACAGGCUUUGCUAUUUGAGGAAGCAAGGUUCAAGGCCUUUGAUCUGGCAUCAAAACCUGAAGGUGAAGGAACACCAACAACAGAUUUUAAGUCUGUUUUUGCACAAAUUGCUACUCGCUUCUAAGAAGGCAACAACAUUCUGGGCAAGAAAUGCGACCAUUUUUCCUUCGGCGAUAUAGGAUGUGUAUUCUGUCAGGUUAGUGUUCUGUUGCUAAAUGACCAAAUGUGACAUUUGAUUCUAUGCAGUAUUAUUCUACACUGAUUUUUUUGGGUUAUCUCUUUUCUUAAAGAAAAGCGGAUUCUGUAUACAUAAAUGUUUAUGGUAUUCCUGUUACCUUUCGUUU